UAUGAUAUUAUUGUUAGAAACAUCAUUGGCGGGAAACUACCAUUGUCGGCAACUGCGAAUUUCAUCAUAUUGCGUAUCCAUUUAACGCGUUGAGUACACAUCUAACAUUAAUACACUAUUUGGAUUAUAUAGCACGAAAAAAUGGGUUCUCUAACGGAAGGAGCAAUAGAUAACAUCAUGAAUGGUAUCGAUGUAGAGAAACCAGUAUUGCAAAUCUUGGGAAAUAAAAAACUAUCCACAUCAAGUACUGGAGAGCGAUACAGAUUACUGGUAUCAGAUGGUGUGCGAAUCAAUUCAUUUACUAUGCUGGCUACACAACUAAAUCAUUUGGUCACUGAAAAUAUCCUGUCUGAAUACAGUAUUUGUCGAAUAGAUAGAUAUGCAAUCAGCAUGGUCAAUAAUGGUGGGAAACAAAAACGAGUCAUGGUCAUAUUAAGCAUUGAUGUUAUAAAGCCUGGUAGCGAAGUGGGUAGAAAAAUUGGAAAUCCGAUGACUCAAGAUGGCAAUCCGGAGUCUGAGUCAGCUUCAUCCAAUGUCAAAGCAGUAUCACCUCCAAAAGCUAAAACUAUUAAGCCAUAUGUACCAAGUCAUAAUAUUUCUACUACUGACAUUUCUACAACACCAAUAGCUGGUCUUAGUCCAUAUCAGAACAGAUGGGUCAUCAAGGUUCGUGUAACUAGCAAACCCCCAAUUAGAACUUGGAGUAAUUCUCGAGGUGAAGGCAAAUUAUUUUCCAUGGACCUUCUUGAUGAAAGUGGGGAGAUCAGAUGUACUGGCUUCAAAGAACAGUGUGAUAAAUUUUAUGAUAUGAUAGAAGUUGGCAAAAUAUAUUACAUCUCACGGUGUGCUCUGAAACCAGCCAACAAGAAAUUUUCAUCUUUAAACAAUGAUUAUGAAAUGACUUUAACUAACGAUUCUGAAAUAAUUCCUUGCGAUGAUGCAAGUACAGACAUUCCAACAAUCCAGUACAACUUCUGUCCUAUAAGCGAAGUGGAGAGUAAAGCUAAGGACGAACUCAUUGAUGUGAUAGGAGUCUGCAAAUCGUACAAUGAUGUUCAGACGUUAGUUUCUAGAGCAACGCAAAAGGAGCUAAAGAAACGAGAUGUCGAGUUGGUAGACGAAAGCAACCUUUCUGUUACUCUCACAUUGUGGGGCACGCAAGCUAUAGAUUUUGAUGGUUCAAAUAAUCCUGUAUUAGCAAUCAAGGGUGUACGUAUCGGUGAAUUUAAUGGUGGUAAAAAUUUAUCGCUUCUCGGUUCUUCUAAUAUGACCAUCGAACCAGAUCUACCAGAAGCUCACAAAUUGCGUGGAUGGUACAAUACAACUGGCAAAAUGCAAGAAACGAAAUCCUUGUCCAAGGUACUUGGUGGUGGCGGAUCUAAUUCGUUCAAUGGGCCGAUAUUGUGCUUUAAGGAAGCAGUAGAUCUGGGACUUGGUCGUAAUGAUUCGGCUGAUUACUAUGUUGUUAAGGCUACUGUGAAUAUGGUACGAGCAGAAAAUUCACUCUACAAAGCAUGUCCCACUGAAGACUGCAAAAAGAAAGUGGUUGAUCAAUCAAAUGACAUGUACAGAUGCGAAAAAUGUGACAGAGAUUAUCCCAAUUUUAAAUAUCGUUUGCUGGCUAGUGCAAAUUUGGUUGAUUGGUCAGGCAAUGUUUGGGCUACAGCCUUCAGUGAGGAAGGAGAGAAACUACUGGGAGUUACCGCUCAGGAACUUGGUGAACUGAAAGAGAAUGAUUCGGACGCUUUUCUUGAGAAAUUCGCGCAGAUUUCUUUCAAUUCAUUUAUGUUUAAGCUACGCGUUAAAAUGGAGGUGUUCAGCGAUGAAGCCAGAUUGAAAACAACAAUUACCGCGGUGUCGCCACUUGAUUUUAAAGAAUAUAAUAAAUUCUUGAUCUCGAAGAUAAAGGAACUCGCAAACAUUGGCAAAUCUGAAUAAGCUUCAUCUGCAUCCUUUGUAUUUAAUUUUUCUUUCAUAUCUAUGAAUAUCGAUAAAUUAAAUUUAUACAGAUUGCUUCACAGUUUUAUACAACUCAUAUUGCUGUUCUAUUAUGUAUUAUUAUCGUAGUGAUAAGAAUGUUAAGAUAAUGCAUUAAAAUAAAGUUUUUCAUUGGAUA